ACGUGUCAUCACCAUGACAAUCACCAACCAUUUUUAAAUGUUCAUACCAACCAAAGUAAUGCACCUGAUGAGUAUCUGACACUCAUUUAAUGCAUGCUAAAAAAGCCAUCUCCAUUGUCAAACCAUUUGAUUUCUCAUUUCAGUACUCAAAUAAAGCAGUAAACACACAACAAUUCUUGUAGGAAUAAAUAAAUAAAAUAGAGAAAAAAAAAAAUUAUGGAUGUGCUGAUGAAAAAUGUAAUUGUUUCUUCUUCCCCAUUUCAUCCCAUAUUCAAGAAAUCCAAUUUCUCUCAUCAGGUUCAGAAUUUUUCUUCCUUAACUCCAAUCAAAAGACAUUCAAUUCUCACUAAAUCAUUUCUCCAAACUGAUUCUUGCCGCCCUCCUCUUCAUCUACCCAUCUUUUCCCCCAUGGAGUUGAUGGAAUGUUUGCUGAAUAAAGAGGAUUUGAGUGAAGAGGAAGCAGAGGGAUCACUUGAUUUCUUGCUUAGUGAUUGCAGCCAAUCUUUAAUCAGUGCUUAUCUUGUUCUCCUUAGAGCCAAAGGCGAAACCUUUGAAGAAAUUGUGGGUUUGGCUAGAGGAAUGAUAAAAUGCUGCAAAAAAGUCGAAGGUUUGGAAAAUGCGGUGGAUAUAGUAGGCACCGGCGGUGACGGUGCAAACACGGUGAAUAUCUCCACAGGCGCUGCGAUUCUCGCAGCCGCCUGCGGUGCUAGAGUUGCUAAACAAGGGAAUAGAUCGAGUUCGUCCGCUUGUGGAAGCGCCGAUGUUCUAGAAGCAUUAGGUGUUGCCAUUGAUGUCGAGCCUCAGGGAGUUAAGACAUGUGUUGAACAAGUGGGAAUUGGAUUUAUGAUGUCACCAAAUUAUCACCCGGCGAUGAGAACAUUUGCCCCUGUAAGAAGAAAGCUUCGAGUGAAGACUGUAUUUAACAUCCUCGGUCCAAUGUUAAAUCCCGCACGAGUUCCGUUUUCCGUGGUUGGUGUCUACAAAGAAGACAUGGUGAGUAAGAUGGCUAAAGCACUGCAAAGAUAUGGAAUGAAACGAGCGUUGGUUGUUCACUCUGAGGGGUUGGAUGAAAUGAGUCCACUCGGCCCUGGUGUGGUUCUCGAUAUUACCCCUGAAAAGAUCGAGAAAUUCUCUUUCGACCCAUUAGAUUUCGGUAUUCCUCGAUGCACGUUAGAAGAUUUGAAAGGGGGAGGCCCGGAAUAUAACGCUGAGGUCUUAAGGCGUGUGCUCGCUGGCGAAAAGGGUGCUAUUGCAGAUGCACUUGUGUUAAAUGCAGGUGCAGCAUUGUUUGUUAGUGGGCAUGUUUCAAACUUAGCUGAAGGUAUAGCAGUGGCACGUUCAACACAUCGAUCGGGAAAAGCCCUGGAUACUCUCGACCGUUGGAUUACUGUCUCGAACAAUGUGAGUGCACCUACGGUCGUUCCUGCCUGCUCGUAGACAGUAUUAUACUAUUAUAUGUGCAGCAACAAAGUUCAAUCUUCACUUUUUUUUUUUUUGAGAAAUUGUUAAGUUUGAAACGACGUGUAAUAAAUGUUUCUUUCAUUUCGGAUUGAAUGGAGAACCGAUAUUUGAUUUUGUCAAAAUAUAUUAACGCGCACAGUACACAGCA